AUGAAUAAAAGACGAUUGGCCGACGAAGAAAGCAAUAGAGAAACGACACGGGCAACGAAGAAGCGCUUGGUUACCAAUACCCACGAUGGUUCGCCUCGUAAGGUGCAAGUCAUUCGAAUCUCGUCGUCAUUGCCGGAUCGAAUGCUGUACCAUGGUGUGAAAACAGAUGUCAGUCCCGAGAUGAAAAUAGAGCAGAUAUUGUUGGCAUCCAAUCUCGACGUGGAUUGGACAUCGUACACGGAAACGGACUUCUUUUUGCCACCUACGCAAGAUGAAAUUGAGGCUUACGACUUUGACAUUUUGAAUGCAGUCCGGGCACAAGACAUGGCCACGUUGAGGCGAUUCCGCAAGGACGGUAGACCACUCAAGUGCAGUAACAAGUUUGGAGAAAGCAUUCUUCAUCUGGCGUGCCGCAAGGGCUUUGUUGAAGUCACGCGCUUCCUGGUUCAAGAAGCCGGUGUGCCCUUGGCCGUGUGUGACGACUACGGACGCUCUCCGCUUCACGAUGCUUGUUGGCGACGUCAUGAUGGCCGUACCUUUGAAUUGAUUGACAUCAUUUUGCAAAAGUGCCCCGAUCUCUUCACCUCUAUCCUACGUUCGACGAGAAGACUGGGGAAAAUGGAACGAAUAUCUUCUUCGGAAGAAAGCAUCCGUAUUGACUCCGAAGCUUUUUGA